AUGGGGUAUAACUGGGGUGUUGAAAAAGGAGACUGGGAGCUGACUGGGGUCCCCAAGAUAUCAGUGGCCUUCAUAUGAGACUGACUGAGGAGCAAGGCAGAAGUCAAUCAAAAAACUAUCAAACUCCUCAGAAAACUAGGACAGCUGAUCUGCUGUAUCGAGGAGUAUCAGAACAAGGACCUAGCAAAUGAGGGCAUUCAGUACCAGUUUGUGUUACAUAGAAAUCUCAUAUUUUUAGCCACCAUUGCAGAUGCCAGCACAACCAGUUCUUCGAAAGCAAUGGGAUGA